GUGACUUAAUAAAUAAAUUUUAGACCUGUAUAGGGUGUGUUUUGUAAAUAGUGUACAAUGGAGUGUAAUUGUGUAGCGUAUAUAGGACUUGCAAGUCUAACCUAUCUCAGUCUUCGUCUCUUAUGGGAUAUAUACUCUGGUGUCAAACUUUACUUUCUGAGCAAUUAUCCGGAUUUUCGUCAGUAUGGAGAAUGGUCUGUUAUCACUGGAGCUACUGAUGGUAUUGGAAAAGCAACUGCGAGGGUACUAGCUCAGCGAGGACAAAAAAUAGUUCUUAUUAGCAGAAACCUGGCAAAACUUCAAUCAACAGCAAAAGAAAUAGAAAACGAUUUUAACGUUGAAACAAAAAUAGUUCGUGUCGAUUUCACUCACGAUGAGUCGAUCUACGAGGAAAUCUCGUCAGAAAUUAAAGAUUUAGAUAUUGGCGUCCUUGUCAACAACAUGGGGAUUUCAUACGAACACCCUGAAUACUUUCUUCAAUUACCCGAUCUCUCCGCUACUAUCAUGAGAAUGAUCAGAGGCAACAUCAUGUCAGUGGUGAAAAUGACUGAAAUUGUGCUCCCAGGCAUGGCAGACAGAAAGAGAGGGAUCAUUCUCAACAUAACAUCAGCUGCAGCACUGAAACCAACACCUAUGCUUGCCCUCUACUCUGCUUCAAAAGAUUUCGUCAACCAUUUUUCAAAAUCUAUCGCCUAUGAAUACGAAGACCAAGGAAUAAAGAUCCAAAGUGUUAUGCCAUUCUACGUUACUACAAAAUUGUCCAAAAUCAGAGCAUCGAGUCUUCUUGUGCCGACUCCUGAAGUUUAUGCGAAGAGUAUGUUACGCGGUGCUGGAGUGACCAAAUUCACUCAUGGCUACUGGGCACAUGGCCUUGAAGGCUGGAUAGUUCGUUUGCUUCCUAAUUGGGUCUAUGCCUACAUCAUGCUGCAGAAAGGGGAGGCGAUCAGACAGAAAGCGUACAAGAAGAAAGAAUGGCAGAAGAAGAAUAACAGCGGAGAAGUAAAGAAAGAACAAUAAAUAACUUUAAAUUCAUUUGUUAUAAUUUCAAGAUGAUUUGAUUUUUAGAUUUAUGUGAGAUGAUACUUCAAUUGAGCAAUUACGUUCGGUAAAAUAAAACAUUGUAAUCUGAAAUUAUACUACUUUGAUACGGUGCUGAAAAUUUUAAGAAAAAUCAUAACCAAUCUAGUAGUAUGACAGAACAUUAGUGGUACUCCUGUAUUAUGUGAACCAAGAUGGCAGACACCGGAAUGUAGUAUGUGUACCAGGUUAGGGUUGGGCCAUAAUUUCGGGUACAAAUACUACUGGAGUCACUUGGCUAGUCUCCGAACGCAGAAUAGAACUGAAAUAAGGAAAAUUGGAGUAAAAUUUUGGCCUAACCUGGUACUCACACAUACUAUGUUCCAGUGUCAACCAUCUUCACUUACUUCGGAAGCGCCAAUAAGUGUACUGUUUAAAGGCUUACUAAUGUAACAAUAAGUGAUUCAGUUUUCGAAACAGUUGGCUAUAUUAAAUAUCAUCAUUUUUUAAUACUCGCUUGACUUUAGAUUAAUUGUAAAGUUUUGAUUAUUGCUUCAAUACAAUAAAUAAACCUAAAUUUUAAUUUAUGAAAAGUUAACUUGCCUUAUAUUCGCAGUAUCCAGAUGAAUGGUUGGGUAAUACUUUAUUCUGAUGAAGAAAUAUAUAAUAUUAUUUUAUGAAAAGCAGUUUGUGCACUUGUGUUUUAUAAUUGGUUUGUUACAGGUACUGAUUGGAAAUUGUCAAUGUAAACCAUAUCAAUGCUAGUCAUGAAUGUUUUCCAUAGUUUAGUCGUUUGCUAAUUAUUACUUAUUCAAAUGUUGAUGCAACAUAGUGUUGAAAAAGUUGUCAUGGUGAUAAAUUUUUGGGGUUGGUAUUUACUUCUCUAAUUUUAUCCUUCAUACUUUAGCCUUUUAUAUAUUUCUAUGUCAUGUUCCUUUUAAAUAAUGCUUUAUACAGGACGCUGCUAAGAUUUGC